UCGGGCCUAAAGUGUUAUAAAUAUAUUUGCACUCGUGGGUGGUGAACGAUCUAGUGUAUUUGACAAUUAAUUGUUUCUUUUCAAUAAAUAACCUAGAUUCUGAAAAGUUUUCGUCUAAACAAAGCAUACGAAGUAAAGUUUUAUUACAAUUUAUGUUAGGAAGGCUUUAAUUGGUGACAUGAAUAGCAAGUCAGGUGAAUUUUGAUGAUUCAAGGUCCUACACAUUGACAAAUCUUCAACUCUGUGGGAGUGGAGAUAACAUAGUUUGGCUUACAAUAAAAAGAUGUUCGAAAUAAAUCACGGCACUCCUAAAUUAUAUUUAAAUAAUCAUAAUGUCAGCACCACCGCCACCUCCACCCCCUGCAUUUAAUUUAGGAAAUUCGGGUAGCAGUGAUCAGGGGCGAAACCAAUUAUUACAGUCAAUUAGAGCAGGAAAAACUUUAAAAAAAACAGUAACUGUUGAUAAAAGUGCCCCUUGUAUAUCUGGCAAAGUGAAGAAUGGCACGAGCAACAAUUCCACUAUUAAUUCGCCUCAGUCUGGUACCGCUAGUAGUGUUAGUAAUAACAACAACAGUACUCCAAUGGGGCUUGGAGGCUUAUUUGCUGGUGGAAUGCCUAAGUUAAAACCCACAGGUCUCAGAAGUACGAUUGUUGAAAGAGAUUCAUCGACUAUUUCAAAUUCUGGAAAUAAUCCAGCUCUUAGUGCCAAUACUGUUGUAACUAAUAUCAAUACCACUGGUACAAUGAAACGAGGACCACCUCCAGUUCCACCGCCAGCUGCUCAAAAACCCCUUAUAUCUUUACCUCAGCAAAGUACAACGGACGGACCAAAUGAGUCACCAAAUAAAGGCUUUGGGAAGCCAAUGUUAGCUCCAAAACCGCCAGGAACAUCGACAUUACACAAACCACAUCCACCCCCAAAAAAGCCGGAAUUACUUGGAGGAAGUGUAUCGCGAGCACAAAGUAUGCGAUUACCUCGAUCACCACCAGUACUCGCACCAACACCUUCAUCUCUUCAUCAGUCUCAGGAUUGUUUAAAUGAAACCCAGCACAGGCCAAUAAAUCGUGUCUUAAGGCCACCAGUAGCAAGACCACCUUCACCACCUACAUCUAAACCAGCUCCAGCCACACCAGUUUCUCAAGUUCUUCCACCAGCUCCUCCGCAAGGUCCUCCAGUAGCUUCUGUUACAAGAGUGGCGCCGCCUCCUCCUGGAAGACCUACAGUGAUGGCACCCAGUAUGCCUCCACCGCCCCCACCUCCGCCGCAUCGUUCGAAUUUAACUCAUCAAAGACUUGCACCUUUGCCACCAACACCUCCAACUAGAAAUUUAUCAUUGUCUAAUGGGCAAUCAUCAACGAGCAACAAUUCUGCUGAUUUAGAAGUCAGAUUUAGUGAAAUGUUUCAUUCUAUCAUCACUUUUCCAUCACCCGAGCCAUUUCGAGGAGUUCCGAAACUUUACAACAGCAAAAAUGCAGCUAAACAGCAAGCUCCGGCACCACCUCAAUCAAAUCCUAGCCCUAGUUCUGUUCUUCAAUUAAAUGCCUCAGCAGGGGGGAAACAGUGGCAACAUAAUGCAGCGUCAUCAGCAUGUUAAAAUAAUUAUUUGUAAAUUUAACUUGUAUUUAUAAUUAAUAAUACUAAUCAUUAUUAAUUUAUGAAAAAAUAAUUUUUUUGUAUAUAUAUAAAUAAUAUGCCGUAAAUGUCGAAAAAUUUAGUCAUAGCCAUUGGAUAUAUUUAUUUCGAUUGAAGCCAAACGCGAUUAUUACGCGCAAUUAAAUAUAACAGACCACGUUGGUCUAGAUUAAUAUUCAAUAAAUUAAAAAAUUCUAUUGUAUUUGCAAUGUAAUAAUUAUACACUAAAUUGUAAUUCGAUAGUCUUGCAAUGCACUUGUUGUAAAAUGAUAACUUGUAAUAAGUAAAAUUCCAAAUUUUUAUGUAACAUAAUAUUCUGUUUCUAUUUGAUAUUUUGAAUAGCAUCAAGCAGAAACAGAAUCCACUGUAACUAAAUUAACUAUCUCUU